GGCGCCCAACCGGUGCGGAUCGACGGCUAAGCGGCUCCUGAUAAUCGUCUAGAACUGUUGCUCGGUCCGAUUCUCGUUGCGUUGGUUUCUGGAAGUUGCGUUCGGUUCCUGGUGGGUGGUAGAGUGUGCAGCGGAAAUGUUUAAUUAAAUAUUACGAUGAUGACGACCGCAAAUCAUCUACAAGCGGCGCACGUGGUCCGCUUGCCGUGUGACAAUCAUUUGUCGGCAGGUGGGUGCAACAGAAUUGAGCAAAUAAUCGCAAUCGGAUGAGCGGAAUCGUAAAUAUUUGUUCUUCGUUCGUAAGGAUUAGUGACCGAAGGGCGGUUUAGUGACACGGAUAGGAUUGCCUUUGUGAACGGAAAUCAUCUGUCGAAAGGAGGCCGCUUGUUAUCUCGUGCAGCUGUACACCGAAAAAAAGGCUGUUAAUUUCAUGUGACUGAUUUUGAAUGACAUGCCGUUGAUAGCUCCGUAGCAAAUAUCAACAUUUGAAUGAAUGAAAAAUAACUGCGUAUAGCUCCGAUGCAACAUCGAUAGCCACAUCGAAAAUAGUUAUUUUCGGUGGGAAAAACUUCUGCAACGUGAGUGAUUGCACUGUGACGAGUGUUUCGGUCAUAUUUUCUCUGGGAUUUGGAGAUAUUUAUGUAUGUGACAUGCGGAAUGUACCUCGAAAAAUUAUGUCAUAUUCUGAUUGGUGCAGUGUCGACGCCUGACAGGGAAACGAAACGAAAUAGUUUUCAAAGCCUCGCUGGGGUUUUCAGUCGAAAACAGAUAAACCAGAAAUUUCUAUUAACCUUGUGUGCAGUGUGAGUUAUAUUCGUCCAUCUGGCGCUCGGUGCAUCGGGAAAAAAUCGGUGAUAGUGUGCCGGAAAAUAAUCUGCGAACGGUCGUGAAAUAAAAAUGGAUUAGCGCCUUCCAUCGCUAGUCGUUACGCUAGUAGACUGCUGUUUGUUAUCGUUGCUGUUCAGCGGGUCGUUAAGGAUUUAUAACCGCGGGAGAUCAUAUAAAAGGAUUUUGCUAGCAGCAGCGAUGAAUGCUAGUGGACUCAACAUGAAAGCAAUGCUGUUAGUCGCUAUUUAUUUCAACCUGGGUAUAUCAAACUCACUGCACUCCGGCGAAAGUCAACAGCAUACGUCCUCGUCGGCCGAACAGCAGCAACAGGCACCGGCAGUGGAAAGGCCAGUGGACAUGGCCGAAAAUGAAAUUUACGAUUCGGAUGAGGGCAAUCUUUUGCGCACACCGUUGGACCGAGGGCCGUACUUUGAUUUAUCGGCCUCGAAGAACAUCACUGCCCUGGUUGGCAAAACAGCCUAUCUCAACUGUCGGGUCCGGAAUUUAGGUAACAAAACGGUCUCCUGGGUUCGCCAUCGCGACAUUCAUCUGUUAACCGUAGGUAGAUUCACAUAUACGUCCGAUCAGCGCUUUCAGAGUGUGCACAACCCGCAGACGGAUGACUGGUCCCUGCAGAUCCGGUAUCCUCAAAAGCGAGACACUGGAAUAUACGAGUGCCAAAUAUCGACCACACCGCCCGUGGGCCACGCGAUGUAUCUUUCGGUGGUAGAACCAGUGACCGUUGUAGUAGGCGGACCGGACAUUUACAUCAACACCGGAUCCACGGUUAACCUGACAUGCGUUGUGCGGAACUCCCCGGAGCCACCGUCGACCAUUACAUGGACCCACAAUAAUCAGGAAAUUAAUUACGACUCACCUCGGGGCGGUGUGUCGGUGAUAACGGAAAAGGGCGAAACAACCACCUCCUACCUGCUGAUCCAGCGCGCCAAGGGUGCCGACUCGGGCAAGUACGUCUGCUCGCCGUCGAACGCCAACUCGUACUUCAUCAACGUUCACAUACUGAAUGGUGAACAUCCGGAGGCUAUGCAGCACGGGGGCCAGCUGAGGAUAGGCGAUCCGCUGCACGUGUUCGUCUUCGUAAUCAUCACCUUGCUGCUGGGAAACCGAUGAAGUUUGCUCCACUUUCCGGAAUCCGGUCGAAGGGAUGAGCCGAACCGAAGGGAACGCGCAACCUAGCGGACUCUGCUAACCGAUAGAGUUGAUAUAAUAACGAACAACCGCUCAAUGGGAGAGGACAUGGAAGAAGAAAAACACAAAAAAAAAAUAAUCGCGCGACCGGGUUGACAGGAAGGGACAAGUGGAACGGAAGAUUUAAUUUUCGGAAUCAACAAACGUGGAAUGUGUGAUAUUGUUCGAUGGGGCGGAUGGCCGACGAUAUUGGAGGCAAUAAGUGUGAAAGAGACAUUUAUUUCACGUUUUCCAUAUUUGAUGCUAUUACGGCUGGAUGAACUUUUUAUGUAUGUUGAAAGUUUUGCGGGUGGAAAUGAGCUUUUUUCAUAUGUUUGAACUGUAUAAUUUCCCUCAUAAGCGUUUUUCAUAGUUAGUGUUGAUUUUUAGGGAUUUACCAAAAAGGUUUAAUUACAGCCCCUUUGAUGUGAUGUUUUUUUUUCGUUCGACUCAGUAUAAAUACUUUUCAAAAAUCAUCCCCUUCGUGUUACCUGUUAUCAUUUCAUAAUUUUCAUUUAUCCCGGUAUAAUUUGAAAGGUAUUUGACCGAUUGAUUCAUGGAUUCAUCCUCCAAGCUCGUCCUACCGCUGGUUAUGUUGUUUAUCUGGUGUAGUGAUGGGCGGUUGGUUGGUGAAACCGGAAAACACCUACUCCUACGUGCAGAUAGACAUUAUUUCAUGGAACGACGAAUUCCACCCGGGCAGGUGACGGUCUCGCGCCACGCGAUGGUAUCGGAUAACGAAUCGAGUGCGAAUGAUGAAUUAUGGAAUUUUGUCAUUAUUAUUUAUGAUUCGUGCUAAUUGGACUGGUCUCAAUUUACCGCUGGUCUGGUGACCAGUGCGUCCUUUGUUGUUGUUGUGACAGCAACGUUGCUGUUAUUCUGUUGGAAUCUGUACAAAGAGUGAUGGAAGUGUUAGAAUCUAUGAGAUUACAUUUUUAUACGGCAGGCGAUAAAUAGUACCGUUGAACGAGAGCUGUAUAUAAAAUCCGAAAGGAGCAAAAGCAUUGUAAAUCGUGGAGAUAAUCGGAAGAAAAUUUUACUGAAUAUUA